AUGGGCGGGGUAUGUGGACUGGUGAGGAAAGGAACUCAGAUUUUACCCAGAUCUUCCUCACCUUUGUCUAUGUUUACUGGUCAAAUAUUAUCACAGUCUCCCUUGUACAUUAUAGCUACAGUUUCAGAUGUGACCGACCGCCGCCAUUUUUUUGAUUCUGCCUAUCUUCUUCCUCUCUACCGUUCUCUCAAUUUCUCCCUUUCUCUCGUCAUUUCCUCACUUAGUCUUCCUUUUCCUCCCCCUCCCUUCUUCGUUGAUAUUACAUUCACUUUCUUUCUUUCUAUCUACUUCCUCUUUUCAGACAUUUACUUUCUUUCUUUCUAUCUACUUCCUCUUUUCAGACAUUCACUUUCUUUCUUUCUAUCUACUUCCUCUUUUCAGACAUUUACUUUCUUUCUCUCUUUCUACUUCCUCUUUUCAGACAUUUACUUUCUUUCUCUCUUUCUACUUCCUCUUUUCAGACAUUCACUUUCUUUCUUUCUAUCUACUUCCUCUUUUCAGACAUUUACUUUCUUUCUCUCUUUCUACUUCCUCUUUUCAGACAUUUACUUUCUUUCUUUCUAUCUACUUCCUCUUUUCAGACAUUUACUUUCUUUCUCUCUUUCUACUUCCUCUUUUCAGACAUUUACUUUCUUUCUCUCUUUCUACUUCCUCUUUUCAAACAUUUACUUUCUUUCUUUCUAUCUACUUCCUCUUUUCAGACAUUUACUUUCUCUCUUUCUACUUCCUCUUUUCAGACAUUCACUUUCUUUCUUUCUUUCUUUCUUCUUUCUCUUUUCAGACAUUUACUUUCUUUCUCUCUUUUCUACUUCCUCUUUUCAGACAUUCACUUUCUUCUUUCUUUCUAUCUUUCUUUCUUUUCCUCUUUUCAGACAUUUACUUUCUCUUUUCUCCUCUUUUCAGACAUUUACUUUCUUUUCUUUUUCUACUUCCUCUUUUCAGACAUUUACUUUCUUUCUCUCUUUCUACUUCCUCUUUUCAGACAUUCACUUUCUUUCUUUCUUUCUAUUCUUUACUUUCCUUCUUUUUCUAGACAUUUACUUUCUUUUUCUCUCUUUCUACUUCCUCUUUUCAGACAUUCAUUUCUUUCUCUCUUUCUUUUUUUUUCUUUUCCUCUUUUCAGACAUUCACUUUCUUUCUUUCUAUCUACUUCCUCUUUUCAGACAUUUACUUUCUUUCUCUCUUUCUACUUCCUCUUUUCAGACAUUCACUUUCUUUCUUUUCUACUUCCUCUUUUCAGACAUUUUACUUUCUUUCUCUCUUUCUACUUCCUCUUUUCAGACAUUUUUCUUUCUUUCUCUCUUUCUUACUUCCUCUUUUCAGACAUUUACUUUCUUUCUCUCUUUCUUUCCUCUUUUCAGACAUUUACUUUCUUUCUCUUUUCUACUUCCUCUUUUCAGACAUUUACUUUCUUUUCUCUCUUUCUACUUCCUCUUUUCAGACAUUUACUUUCUUUCUCUCUUUCUACUUCCUCUUUUCAGACAUUCACUUUCUUUCUUUCUUUCUACUUUCUCUUUUCAGACAUUCACUUUCUUUCUCUCUUUCUACUUCCUCUUUUCAGACAUUCACUUUCUUUCUUUCUUUCUACUUCCUCUUUUCAGACAUUUACUUUCUUUCUCUCUUUCUACUUCCUCUUUUCAGACAUUUACUUUCUUUCUCUCUUUCUACUUCCUCUUUUCAGACAUUCACUUUCUUUCUUUCUUUCUUUCUUUCUUUCUUCCUUCUUUUCAGACAUUUACUUUCUUUCUCUCUUUCUACUUCCUCUUUUCAGACAUUCCUUUCUUUCUCUCUUUCUUUUCCUCUUUUCAGACAUUUUUUCUUUCUUUCUCUCUACUUCCUCUUUUCAGACAUUUGUUUUCUUUCUCUCUUUCUACUUCCUCUUUUCAGACAUUUACUUUCUUUCUUUCUCUUCUUUUCUACUUCCUUUUUUCUUUCAUUCCCUUUUCUUUCCUUUCUUUUUCUACUUCCUCUUUUCAGACAUUUCUUCUUCACAUUCCUUUCUUUCUUUCUCUCUUUCUUUCUUCCUUCUUUUCAGACAUUCACUUUCUUUCUUUCUUCCUUCUUUUCAGACAUUCCUUUCUUUCUUUCUCUUUCUUUCAGACAUUUCCUCUUUUUCAGACAUUUACUUUUUCUUUCUUCCUCUUUUCUUUUUACUUCCUCUUUUCAGACAUUUUCACUUUCUUUCUUUCUAUCUACUUCCUCUUUUCAGACAUUUACUUUCUUUCUCUCUUUCUACUUCCUCUUUUCAGACAUUCACUUUCUUUCUUUCUUUCUACUUUCUCUUUUCAGACAUUUUUUCUUUCUUUCUCUCUUUCUACUUCCUCUUUUCAGACAUUCACUUUCUUUCUUUCUACUUCUUUUUCUUUUCAGACAUUUUUCUGUUUUUCUUUCUCUCUUUCUACUUCCUCUUUUCAGACAUUUACUUUCUUUCUCUCUUUCUACUUCCUCUUUUCAGACAUUCACUUUCUUUCUUUCUAUCUACUUCCCUCUUUUCAGACAUUUACUUUCUUUCUCUCUUUUUCUCUACUUUCUCUUUUCAGACAUUUACUUUCUUUCUCUCUUUUCUACUUCCUCUUUUCAGACAUUCACUUUCUUUCUUUCUUUCUACUUUCUCUUUUCAGACAUUUACUUUCUUUCUCUCUUUCUACUUCCUCUUUUCAGACAUUCUACUUUCUUUUACUUUCUUUCUUUCUUUCUCUUUUCAGACAUUUACUUUCUUUCUUUCUUUCUACUUCCUCUUUUCAGACAUUCACUUUUCUUUCUUUCUUUCUUUCUUCUUCCUCUUUUCAGACAUUUACUUUCUUUCUUUCUUUCUACUUCCUCUUUUCAGACAUUUUUUUCAGACAUUUCUUUCUUUCUCUCUUUCUACUUCCUCUUUUCAGACAUUCACUUUCUUUCUCUCUUUCUACUUCCUCUUUUCAGACAUUCACUUUUUCUUUCUUUCUUUCUUUUACUUCCUUUUCUUUCUUUCUUUCUUUCUUUCUUUUCAGACAUUUGCUUUCUUUCUCUCUUUCUCUUCUCUUUUCAGACAUUCUUUUUCUUUCUUUUUUCUACUUCCUCUUUUCAGACAUUUUCUUUCUUUCUUCUUUCUUUUCUUUUCAGACAUUCACUUUCUUUCUUUCUUUCUUCUUCCUCUUUUCAGACAUUUUACUUUCUUUUCUUUCUUUCUUUUCUUCUACUUCCUCUUUUCAGACAUUCUUUUUUCUUUUUCUUUCUUUUCUUCCUUUCUUUUUUUUUAGACAUUUACUUUCUUUCUUCACUCUUUCUUUCUUCCUCUUUUUCUUUCACUUUCUUUCUUUCUUUCUUUUUAACAUUUACUUUCUUUCUUUCUUUCUUUCUUUCCUCUUUUUCUACAUUUUUCUUUCUUUCUUUCUCAGACAUUUCUUUCUUUUCUUUCUUUCUUUCUACUUCCUUUUUUCAGACAUUCACUUUCUUUCUUUCUUUUUCUUUCCUUUUUCAGACAUUCUUUCUUUCUUUCUUUCUACUUCCUCUUUUCAGACAUUUACUUUCUUUCUUUCUUUCUUUUCUUUUCCUUUUUCAGACAUUCCUCCAAAAAAAGCUCUUUCUACUUCCUCUUUUCAGACAUUCUUUUUUCUUUCUUUCUUUUCUACUUCCUCUUUUCAGACAUUUUACUUUCUUUCUUUCUUUCUUUUCUUUCUUCCUCUUUUUUUCUUUUCAUUCACUUUCUUUCUUUUCCUCUUUUCAGACAUUCUUUCUUUCUUUCUUUCUACUUCCUCUUUUCAGAUUAUUCACUUUCUUUCUCUCUUUUCUUUUCCUCUUUUCAGACAUUCACUUUCUUUCUUUCUUUCUUUCUACUUCCUCUUUUCAGACAUUUUAUUUCUUUCUUUCUUUCUUUUUUCUUUUCAGACAUUUUCUUUCUUUUAUUUUUCUUUUCUUCUUUUUUCUUUUCACACAUUUACUUUUCUUUCUUUUUUUCUUUCUUCUUUCCUCUUUUUUUUCAUUUCUUUUUUCUUUCUUUUUUUACUUUCUUUUCAGACAUUUACUUUCUUUCUUUCUUUCUUUCUUCCUCUUUUCAGACAUUUCACUUUCUUUUUUUUUCUUUCUUUCCUCUUUUCAGACAUUCUUUCUUUCUUUUUUUUUCUUUUCUUCUUCCUCUUUUCAGACAUUUUACUUUUAGCUCUUUCUUUCUACUUCCUCUUUUCAGACAUUCCUUUCUUUUUAACGUUUUCUUUUACUUCCUCUUUUCAGACAUUUUUUUUCUUUCUUUUCUUUCUUUCUUCCUUUCUUUUUUUCAUUUACUUUUUUUUUUCUUUCUACUUCCUCUUUUCAGACAUUUACUUUCUUUCUUUUUUAUUUUCUACUUCCUCUUUUCAGACAUUUACUUUUCUUUCUUUCUUUCUUUCUACUUCCUCUUUUUCAGACAUUUCCUUUCUUUCUUUUUCUUCUUCCUCUUUUCAGACAUUUACUUUUCUUUCUCUCUUUCUACUUCCUCUUUUCAGACAUUUACUUUCUUUCUCUCUUUCUACUUCCUCUUUUCAGACAUUCACUUUCUUUCUUUCUUUCUUUCCUCUUUUCAGACAUUUUCUUUCUUUCUUUCUUUCUUUCUUUCCUCUUUUCAGACAUUCACUUUCUUUCUUUCUUUCUUUCUACUUCCUCUUUUCAGACAUUCACUUUCUUUCUUCCUCUUUUCAGACAUUUCACUUUCUUUCUCUCUCUCUACUUCCUCUUUUCAGACAUUCACUUUCUUUCUUUCUUUCUCUUCCUCUUUUCAGACAUUUACUUUUCUUUUCUUUCUUUCUUUCCUCUUUUCAGACAUUUCAUUUCUUUCUUUCUUCCUCUUUUCAGACAUUCUUUCUUUCUUUCUUUCUACUUCCUCUUUUCAGACAUUUACUUUCUUUCUUUCUUUCUUUCUUCCUCUUUUCAGACAUUCACUUUCUUUCUUUCUUUUUUUCUUCCUCUUUUCAGACAUUUACUUUCUUUCUUUCUUUCUUUUCCUCUUUUCAGACAUUUACUUUCUUUCUUUCUUUCUACUUCCUCUUUUCAGACAUUCACUUUUCUUUCUACUUCCUUCUUUUCUUUCAUUCACUUUCUUUCUCUCUUUCUACUUUCUUUUCAGACAUUCACUUUCUUUCUUUCUUUCUUUUCCUUUUUCAGACAUUCACUUUCUUUCUUUCUUUCUUUCUACUUCCUCUUUUCAGACAUUCACUUUCUUUCUUUCUUUCUACUUCCUCUUUUCAGACAUUUCUUUUCUUUCUUUCUUUCUUUCUUUCUUCUUUUUCAGACAUUCACUUUCUUUCUUUCUUCCUCUUUUCAGACAUUUUCACUUUCUUUCUCUCUUUCUACUUCCUCUUUUCAGACAUUCACUUUCUUUCUUUCUUUCUACUUCCUCUUUUCAGACAUUCACUUUCUUUCUUUCUUUCUUUCUUUUUCCUCUUUUCAGACAUUCACUUUCUUUCUUUCUUCUCUUUUCAGACAUUUACUUUCUUUCUCUCUUUCUACUUCCUCUUUUCAGACAUUUACUUUCUUUCUCUCUUUCUACUUCCUCUUUUCAGACAUUCACUUUCUUUCUUUCUUUCUACUUCCUCUUUUCAGACAUUCACUUUCUUUCUUUCUUUCUUUUUACUUCCUCUUUUCAGACAUUUACUUUCUUUCUUUCUUUCUUUCUACUUCCUCUUUUUAGACAUUCACUUUCUUUCUUUCUUCUUCUUUUUCAGACAUUUUUCUUUCUUUCUUUCUUUCUACUUCCUCUUUUCAGACAUUCACUUUCUUUCUUUCUUUCUACUUCCUCUUUUCAGACAUUUACUUUCUUUCUUUUCUUUCUUUCUUCCUCUUUUUUUUUUCUUUUCUUUUCUUUUCUACUUCCUCUUUUCAGACAUUCACUUUCUUUCUUUCUUUCUACUUCCUCUUUUCAGACAUUUUACUUUCUUUCUUUCUUUCUUUCUACUUCCUCUUUUUAGACAUUCACUUUCUUUCUUUCUUUUUUUUUCUUUCACUUUCUUUCUUUCUUUCUACUUCCUCUUUUUUCAUUCACUUUCUUUCUUUCUUUCUACUUCCUCUUUUCAGACAUUUACUUUCUUUCUUUUCUUUUUUCUACUUCCUCUUUUCAGACAUUCACUUUCUUUCUUUCUUCCUCUUUUCAGACAUUCACUUUCUUUCUUUCUUUCUACUUCCUCUUUUUCAGACAUUCACUUUCUUUCUUUCUUUUCUACUUCCUCUUUUCAGACAUUUUACUUUCUUUCUUUCUUUCUUUCUACUUCCUCUUUUUUUCAUUCACUUUCUUUCUACUUCCUCUUUUCAGACAUUCACUUUUCUUUCUCUCUUUCUACUUCCUCUUUUCAGACAUUUCUUUCUUUCUUUCUUUCUACUUCCUCUUUUCAGACAUUUACUUUCUUUCUUUCUUUCUUUCUACUUCCUCUUUUUAGACAUUCACUUUCUUUCUACUUCCUCUUUUCAGACAUUUACUUUCUUUCUCUCUUUCUACUUCCUCUUUUCAGACAUUCACUUUCUUUCUUUCUUUCUACUUCCUCUUUUCAGACAUUUACUUUCUUUCUUUCUUUCUUUCUACUUCCUCUUUUCAGACAUUCACUUUCUUUCUACUUCCUCUUUUCAGACAUUCACUUUCUUUCUUUCUUUCUACUUCCUCUUUUCAGACAUUUACUUUCUUUCUUUCUUUCUUUCUACUUCCUCUUUUUAGACAUUCACUUUCUUUCUACUUCCUCUUUUCAGACAUUCACUUUCUUUCUUUCUUUCUUUCCUCUUUUCAGACAUUUACUUUCUUUCUUUCUUUCUUUCUACUUCCUCUUUUUUAGACAUUCACUUUCUUUCUACUUCCUCUUUUUCAGACAUUCCUUUCUUUCUUUCUUUCUACUUCCUCUUUUCAGACAUUCCUUUCUUUCUCUCUUUCUACUUCCUUUUCCAGACAUUCACUUUCUUUCUUUCUACUUCCUCUUUUCAGACAUUCACUUUCUUUCUUUCUUUUUACUUCCUCUUUUCAGACAUUUACUUUCUUUCUUUCUUUCUACUUCCUCUUUGCAAACAUUCACUUUCUUUCUUUCUUUCUCUUUGUACUUCCUCUUUUCACUUUCUUAUUUUCUUAAUUUCUUCAUUUCAUUCUACUUGCUAUUUUCAUACAUUUUCUUUCUUUCUUUCUUUCUUUCUUUCUUUCUUUCUUUCUUUCUACUUCCUCUUUUCAGACAUUCACUUUCUUUCUUAAUUUCUUUCUACUUGCUAUUUUCAUAUAUUUUCUUUCUUUCUUUCUUUCUUUCUUUCUUUCUUCUUUCUUUCUUUCUUUCUUUCCGAUGCCCUUUAUUUUCUCUUUUUUAUCAGUUUUCUUUCUUUUUGGCACCCUCAUUCACUUUCUUUUUCCUAAUAAUCCAAUAA